UAGAGUUGAUUACGGUACUCUUCUUCCAUAUCUUCAUCAUCUGCAUCAGGCUUCUCCAUCAAAAAAAAUCCUGUCUUUCACUGAAACGAAAAUCGUAGAGUAUUUAUAUAAAAAAAAAUAAUAAUAAAAAAAAGGAAAAAAAAGAAAGAAAAUCAUAUAGAGUGACUAUGCUAUUUGCAGCGAGGUCUGUUCGUGCCGCAAUUUCCACAGGGAAGCGACACUUGGCUUCCUUUUCUACCGCUUUUCUCUUCGAUGAUACUCAGAUACAGUUCAAAGAAAGCGUUUCUCAAUUCGCGCAACAGAACAUUGCUCCUCAUGCGGCAAAAAUAGACCAAACGAAUUAUUUCCCACAGGAGGUUAACUUAUGGAAACUCAUGGGCGAAUUCAGUCUCCACGGAAUUACAGCACCAGAGGAAUAUGGAGGGCUUGGACUUGGUUACUUGUAUCAUUGUAUUGCGAUGGAAGAAAUAAGUCGUGCUUCUGGGUCUGUUGGUCUCUCCUACGGUGCCCAUUCUAACUUGUGCAUUAAUCAGUUGGUGAGGAAUGGAAACCCUGCUCAGAAACAGAAAUACUUGCCAAAGCUUAUCAGUGGGGAGCAUGUCGGAGCUCUUGCAAUGAGUGAACCCAAUGCUGGAUCUGAUGUUGUUAGCAUGAAAUGCAAGGCUGAUCGUGUAGAUGGGGGUUAUGUUAUAAAUGGGAACAAGAUGUGGUGCACCAAUGGCCCAGUUGCUCAGACAUUGGUUGUUUAUGCAAAAACGGACAUCACAGCAGGGUCGAAAGGAAUCACAGCAUUCAUCAUUGAAAAGGGAAUGCCUGGAUUCAGUACUGCCCAGAAAUUAGACAAACUUGGGAUGCGAGGAAGUGAUACAUGUGAGCUUGUCUUUGAAAAUUGCUUUGUUCCAGAGGAAAAUGUUCUUGGACAGGAAGGAAAAGGAGUCUAUGUCAUGAUGUCUGGGUUAGAUUUGGAGCGGCUUGUAUUGGCAUCUGGGCCUCUUGGUCUCAUGCAGGCAUGUCUUGAUGUUGUUCUUCCUUAUGUUCGACAACGAGAGCAGUUUGGCCGUCCAAUUGGAGAAUUUCAGUUUAUACAGGGUAAAAUUGCCGACAUGUAUACUUCUCUACAGUCCUCAAGGUCCUACGUGUAUUCUGUUGCAAGGGACUGUGACAAUGGAAAAGUUAACCCUAAGGAUUGUGCUGGAGUUAUACUUUGUGCAGCUGAAAGAGCCACCCAAGUUGCUUUGCAGGCUAUACAAUGUUUAGGCGGUAAUGGAUAUGUGAACGAGUAUACAACAGGUCGUCUGCUUCGAGAUGCCAAACUAUAUGAAAUUGGGGCAGGGACUAGUGAGAUCCGAAGAAUGAUUAUAGGUCGCGAGCUCUUCAAGGAGCAGUAGAUGAGAAGCUGUGCAUUUUCUUUGACUUGCUGGACUGCAGCAUCCCCCAGUAAUCGGUUUCUGCCGUCCAUGACAGUCACAUAAGCAGCCCCCUGCUGUAGGAGUUUUCUUUACGGUAAAACUUGGAAUUUUUUCCCAAGAAAAGAAAAUUUCUGAUAAAGAUGAAUAUUUGCUGGUUUAUUGAUUGAAUACUGGCAAAAAAGUAAAGAAAGAAACUUUCUUUAAUUAACAGAAGCUGAGCUUUCUUCUGCCUGUAGAACAUUUUUCUUAUGAUGUCUCUCACUAAAACCACACUGCUCGCUUUUGAGCAUUUUGAUUUUCUA